CCUGAUAUCCCGCCACGACCAAUCGCUGGCAGUAGUGGGCGGGGCUAAAGCCGUGGUCAUGGUGACUACAGGAGCUAUCGGCCCGCAUGACGUCAUUUAGCGCGACAGUCGGCUUUAGGGUGCAAGAUGGCGUCAGGAAGUGGGUCAAAGAACAUAGAUUUCCGCCGAAAGUGGGAUAAAGAUGAAUAUGAGAAACUUGCGCAGAGACGAAUCACGGAAGAGAGAGAGAAGAAAGAUGGCAAACCCCUACAGCCCCCUGUCAAAAGAGAGCUGCUCAGGCACAGAGACUACAAGGUCGACCUGGAGUCCAAGUUGGGGAAAACGAUUGUCAUCACAAAGACUACUCCCCAGUCUGAGAUGGGAGGCUAUUACUGCAAUGUCUGUGACUGCGUAGUGAAAGAUUCAAUCAACUUCUUGGACCACAUCAAUGGCAAAAAACAUCAGCGGAACUUGGGGAUGUCCAUGCGGGUAGAACGCUCAACACUCGAUCAGGUAAAAAAACGAUUUGAAGUAAAUAAAAAGAAAAUGGAAGAAAAACAAAAAGAUUACGACUUUGAGGAGAGAAUGAAAGAACUGAGGGAAGAGGAGGAAAAAGCACGAGCCUAUAAAAAAGAAAAACAAAGGGAAAAAAAGAGGAAAGCGGAAGAAGAUUUAGGUUUCGAGGAAGAUGAUGAAAUGGCUGCUGUCAUGGGUUUCUCAGGGUUUGGCUCUUCCAAAAAGAGUCACUGAUUGAACUUGAAAGCAGCAGUCUAGAUACCGCCCCAUCCCCCUCUUAUCUUUUUGUAUUAAACUAGAGCUUUUUAUCAGUAACCAUAAUCCAUUGUGUGUCAGGUAGCCUAUGCUCGAUGCAGAGGAUUAUGGGAGCUCGUAAAGAUCUAGCAAACAGUUGUGCUGACCAAAACUGUGAAUCAAUAAUGCGCUAUCUCUUAUUUGCUUACGGGCCACGUAAUCACUUCUUAAUCAUAUGAGCUGAUAAUCCCACAUCUAAACUGCUAUUUAUAUCUGACUGCGUCUGCACGGUGCCAGGAUGUAGGAAAAAAAAAAGCCUUAACUGUGUAUUUUUAAUAAGUCCAUUUUUGGAUGGGUGCUGCCGCUCUUACCUCACCUCUGCAAGGAGUCUAGAAGAUGUUCUGCAGUGAGUUCCGGAGACAUCUGCUAAUGGUGUUAGCUACCAGUGCGUUGAAAGGGAAUAUGUUAAAGGGGCCGUACUGUAGUAGUCUUAUGACAAGUCAAUCCAAUGUAUGGUACUGGAUCUCCACCGGUCCCAGUCAAUGCAAUGCAGUCAAUGUGCUCUGUUAUUCCCAUUCAUUUUUAUAAGGAGCGGUCAGCUGCAAUUCACGUUGCAAACCACUGAUACUGUUAUAUAGUUGCAGGGGCAAGGAGACGCAUGGAACCUUUCAUAUAUCUGUACUCCCAUAACAUAGAACAAUGCUUUUAUUCUUUGGCGCUAAGUAUCAUAGAGUUUUUUCCAAGCCCCUUUAGUGUUGAGGGCUGGAAAGUAGCCUUGCUCCCCCUCUCAUCAAUAUCCUUGCUUGAUUGACAGUCAGCUUGAAGCCGAGCCCUGAUUCAAAAUUGCGCAUCUGUGAACAAUUUGUAUGAAUAGCACAGGAACCAGCUUUGAAAACCAGGCUCAGAAGAGGAGGCAGAGCACCCGACUGUCAGUCAAGCAGGGACAUGGAUGGGAUAGGUAGCAGGAAGGUGUUCCAGCCCUAAGCACUUCAGGGGCUUGGGAAUGCCUCUUUACAUUAGA